AAAAUGAUGAUCAAACGACUUAAAAUCUAUCUCGUUGUGCUUUUUUUGUGUGGCUCUGUGCCCAAGAUAUCGUGGUCUUUCGAGCAUGAGCCCUCAUUCGAAACCAUUAAGUCUUACUUGCAAAAUUUAACUCAAAGUUUGGCAGAACACCGUCAGGCGCAUCGAAGUGACAUGGAGGAGCUUCGGUUGAAAAUUAAAUCCCUCGAAGACUUGGUUGGGAAAAAAAUUGAUGAUCUCUCAAAAACAGAGCGACAAGACACAAAUGAUGGAAAAGAACAAGAAGUACCACAAACGUGCUCCGAUGUUCGGAAUCUACCAUCCGGAAUUUACCAAUUACAGUUGAAAAACGGGUUCGGGAAACCGUUCCAAGCCUUAUGCGAUAGCAAUUAUUCCGAAGGAGGCUGGACGGUGAUCCAGUAUCGUUUCAACGGCUCCGUGGACUUCUACCGAGGCUGGAAGGCCUACGAGGAAGGAUUCGGUGAUCUGGAAGGCGAAUUCUGGUUGGGACUGGAGAAGAUUCAUCAGCUUACCUCUUACAUGCGGCAUGAGUUGCGCGUGAUUUUGGAGGACUUCGAGGGUAAUUCCAAGGUGGCCACAUACGACGACUUCCGCGUGGCCGAUAAGGCAGAAAAGUACACACUGAAGAGCAUCGGAGUGUACAGUGGCACGGCAGGGGAUUCGCUCACAUAUCAUCGUGGUCAAAAGUUCAGCACCUUCGAUUCGGAAAACGAUUCAGAUUAUUAUGAAAACUGUGCGGAAGGCCGCAGUGGCGCUUGGUGGUAUGAUGCAUGUGCUGUUAGCAACCUCAACGGGAUGUAUCUUGGCAAAGGUGUGAAGGACAAUAGCAGAGGAAUGUUCUGGCGAGAUUUUGACGACUCCUAUUAUUCACUCAAAAGUUCUCGGAUGAUGAUACGGGCGAAAGUUUAAUCCAUCCAUGUUGACGAUCGAAAGUUUAGCACAAAAGGUCACCCUAUGAAUUUCGAUUCAAAGCUGCCAUUCUAAACUUUGUUAGAUAAUGUGAGGUGAUUAUUGUUUUUCAAUUCUCGAUAAGAUACGCUUUCAAUAUAUAAUGUGAAAUUAAAAAACUAAAAUCGAGAAACUCUCAUAGCAAUGCUGAAAACUAGUUAAAGUGAAAUAAAGCUUAGUUCUUUUAGAAAUGGGACAGUUACGAAUGCGCAUAUCUUAAAAACUUUACGGAACUAUCCCGGAAGCUGCUUGUAGUCGGCUUUGACGUAGGUUUCGUCGUCCAUUACAACGCAGUAAAACUUCGUCAGCAUCGUCAUGUACAGCCUCCGGGAUCGCGCUUUGGCCGUCGUAUUUUGUUUAUCAUCGCGAUUUGGAGUCACUACCUUCUUGUAAGUCGAUAGUCUGGCUCGUUUUUUGGCUCGAUGCACGGUUGUAGACGAUACACCCAGCUUAUUUGCGGCAUCUCGGAGAGAGAGGUUAGGGUUUCGCUUGAAACUACCGGCAACUGUCUUUGUCGUCUCAGCGGCUUCCGGUUUUCGAUUUCCAGACUUCCUGGCUGUCGCCAAAAGUUCCCCAAACACUUAAAUAACAUUUGUAACGGCAACUUUUAGCGAUUUUACCAGCUUUGCGUGCGAGUAGCUCGGAUUCUCGCGA